AUGAGCGAGCCAUCCCAAGGAAGUACAGAGCACUUUGUAACCAAGGUCCUUCCCCUCUAUCAGGGCCCUUCCGUCAAAAUAUGCCUCCAGCCUAGCAACAAGGAAUACGUGAUUUCGAAAAGUCUCCUCUGCGCAGAAUCGCCAGUCUUCUCGAAAAUGUUCAACGGCGAAUUCCUAGAGUCACAGGAGCAGACGGUCACUCUGGAAGAGACCGACGACGAUGUCUCAGUGCAUAGCCUCGAAGCACUUAUUCAAUGGCUGUAUCGACGCACUUUCGACUUGGAUAUCGGAGGCCCGGAAGAACAUAUCUCGGCCCUCCUGAGACUCGCAAGAUUUGCGGACAAGUACUCAAUUACCGGGAUAGAAGAAAAAAUCGUGCCCUUUAUCAAGGACACCAUAGUAUCCAACCCGCAUCCAAAUUCCAACAGACACGGCCGAGACAUCGAUCACAACACCUAUUGUCUCACACGAGAUCAUCUUGUUUCAGCAAGCUUUUUGCCGAGCAGGCAUCCGGUGCGACGUGCUUUGGCUUCAGCAUGUGUUGAAGGUUUUCUUCGCAGCAGAGAUCACAAGUUUAACGGAGAGAUCCUGGCUUGCCCCUCUUUCGGAGCUGACCUCCUCAAAGAGAUUCAGAGUGCCCUGUAUACCCUGACACCUACGAAUGAGGUCACUGUUGAAGAUCCUAUCAGCGGGAAAAGAUUUCGUUUCGAUUUGAACAAAGUCUAG